GGUUACACCGAAUAAACACAUACGAUGGGACGGUGGUUCAUACUUGUUGUUUUGUUUGUCCUGUUUAUUGUGACAUGGGGAGCACCCCAGACAUCUCAAGAGGCAGACUGUCCCUGCUCCAACCCAGAAUUUUGCAAGCCAAUAAAGGAUACAAAAAGAAAAGAGGUGUUCGUGUUUUCGUUAAGUAAAGAUAUCGACACAUGGCAGAAGUACAAUUGGACAAAGAUCAGCACAGUCGUCAUGGUUGGUUACUAUAGUGAUGACAUGAUGUGUCUCGCGCAUAGUAACGGGGCUCGAGUUGUUACCAUAGCGGGCGUGCCCACUGACUACCUCACUAAUGCUACCCUUCAGGAGGAGUGGGUGGUCAAGAAUCUGGCUGUCGUCACACAGAAACACCUGGAUGGAAUUAACUUCGAUUACGAGAGUCCCAUUCCGGCCGACAGGACCGACAUGAGGGACGGAUAUACCGCACUGGUCAGACUGACGUACAAAAUGUUCAAAGAAUACAACCCCUCAUUCCAGAUAACAGUAGACGUGGCAUGGUCCCCAGCUUGUAUUGACCAGCGUUGCUAUGACUACAAGACUCUAGCCACAGUGACCGACUUCCUGUUUGUCAUGUCCUAUGACGAACAAAGUCAGAUCCGGGGCCCAUGCGUGGCGUUGGCUAACUCUGGAUUCUACAAAACACAAUCGGGCUUACAGAAGUACUUUGCAACAGGAAUACCAUCCGAGAAGCUGGUACUUGGUGUUCCCUGGUACGGAUACUACUACCCCUGUGUGGCUGUGUCACAGGAUAACACAUGUAGCAUCAAACACGUACCGUUCAGAGGAGUAAACUGCAGCGACGCUGCUGGUAGAGAAAUGAACUACGGCUUUCUCAUGCGGAUCAUCCAAAAUUCGACAACCGGUCGGCUGUGGGAGACGUCUACUCUUACACCGUACUUCAACUACAAGGAAAACGGCACAACUUACCAGAUCAGGUACGACGAUCCUGUCAGCUUGAAGUUUAAAUUUGACAUGGCGCUCAAGUAUGGCCUGCGGGGAGUAGGAAUCUGGAACGCUGAUGCAUUAGACUAUUCUCAAGACACACCCGAAGUCAUUCGUCAGCGCGCUCAGAUGUGGCAAGCCUUUCCCGACUACAAGAAAAGUGAAAUUACUAUACGCAAUGAUUUUUAGCUCACCUGGUAUGAAGGACCAAUGUGGGUUUAUGCCAUACCGUGGCGUCCGUUCGUCAACAAUUGACUUCUUCUUCUUAACCACUGAUCAGAAUUUGGCCAAAUUUGGUAGGAAGCAUCCCUAGGUGGCUGGGAUUCAAAGUUUUACAAAUGAUAGGGCUACCCCCACCCCACCCCCAGGAGCCUGAGGAGCGGGGCCAAAAGGGGCCAAUUUGGCAAUAUUAACGACUUCUUCUCUUGUAAAAAUAUGCCCUGUGGUCUUUUCCCAACACAAGGGACUUACUUUCUUUAAACACAAUCAUAUUGAGUCUGGACUUCGAUCGUUUCUGAGUUAUAUCUUUGAGAUCCCUACCCCAUAACCAUAUAUAGCAUUGUUAGACAUCAACAAAGCUAUUAACGAAUUGAACACGAACAUUGUUUUGACAUUUGCUUAAAUAAACCAGAUUAGUGAUAUAGGCCAUUUGGACCUCUUGUUUUGAUAUCUAUGAGCAUUCAGAGAUAAUUUUAUUUUCUGUAAAGGCUUAUAUUUAUUACUAAUUUACUAUCAAAGUCUCAAACUUAAAACCUAUUAUAUUCUUCACUUUGUAAAAUAUAUGAUUACAAAAAAUUGCCUGAUCUAUUCUGAUGAUCACAGAUCUCCAAUUUGGAAUCAUCAGGUGUUGAAUCGCAUGCUUCAUUAUUGUACACUGGAAUUUCUUCAAACGAAAACUUUUUUAUUGAUAAACAAGACUACAAUUCGUUUGAUCACAAAGUCUUAUGUCAGCAUAUUAUUUCAUUUGAAAGAAUUGGAAUUACAAAAAGUGAUUGUUUGAAGAAGUGGCUGAGGACAAUAAAUGAAAAAGAUAUGAUUCUUUUAGAAGCCCGUUUCGCCACCAGAGAAAUAUUAUUCCAAACAUUAUUUUUUAUACAAUCAUUAGCUUGUGUCGUUUGCAAUAACGAUGUUUAAUCGGACUCAUAAAAACUACAAAUUAAUAGAAUUUAAAGAAAAUUUAAAUGUAUAUUUUUGAUAUGCUUGUAUUUAUAUAUGUCGCGUAAGUGUCAAUAUAACAAUUUGAUAUUAGUAAAACUUUUAGAUAUUCUCAAUACCAGAGCACAUGUUUGAAUUGUGUGGUUGUAACCGACCACAUAGUAAUUAUCACGAGGUAUAUGUUGUUGGGAUCUUUAAAAGAUCGUGUUUUAUACAAUAUGGUAAUUAAUAUUGGGUGUAAGUUACCUUCUGUAAACGCAUCAAUUUGGCGCAUUAAUUUCAGCGCAUUUUAGAUUUUAAUAUGUUACCAGGUAGCGCUUUGAUGCAUUUGCGUACCCAAAUUAUUUCUAUAGAAACAGUUCAUAGAAAGUGCAAUUAACGGAAUCAUAAUUCAUUUUCAUGCUUUCAGCGCGAAAAUCGCUAAAAUAAGACUACCACUAAAAUAUGUAUGUUUACGGUUUUCUAAAGACCAGAGCAUUGAUAUAUAUCUGCCUUGCAACUUCUGCUUUGAUACUAUACAGGCCAACCAGCUGGUUAUGUAUUCGUCUAAGUGAACAUGACUUUAUUGUUGAUCGGGAUGAUACUUUUAUUUCAAAAGGUCGUGAUAUGUACAACAUAUUGUGCCUGGCCAUAUAUUUAUGUUACCGGUUAAGGUCAUCGGGAUCUUUGGAUUGGUGUUUUAUAAAACAUGGUAGUAACAUUCCCUCUUUGUUUUGUUUGACAUGUUAUUCGUGAUCGAUUUCCUUUCUUUAAUAAAAUGUUAUUUUGAUAUAAAUAUUGCACGCAAUCAAUGCCGAAAACAUAUCAUGAUAAAUUAAUGUUAAAAUCCAAGCUGCUAUUGUCUAUUUUUCGAUAAUGAGUGUUUAUAAUCUGUUGAAAGCAAAAUCUUAUCGUCUAGCAAGGAAUCUCAUCUUUUUUGUUUGGUUUUAAACCAUUGAUGUUUGUUUAUUUAUUUCAUUGAUUGCAGUUAAUUGUUGAAAAAAAAAUAAAUAAAAACAGGUAAUUACCGAAAUCUUCAACGACAUGAGAUGAGCCUCUAACUACAGAUUACAUCGUGAUUUUACUAUACAAUAUAUUCACGGACAAUGUGUCUUUUUGAGCUUUGCAAUACAUUGUAUUUUACUGAAUAUAUAAUUGUAUAAACAUAUAUACACGAGCAUUCCUUUAUAUUAGUUGUGAUAUGUGCCUUACUAAGAUUUGUAUGUUAAAUAAAAAAUAUGUUUAA